UGGCGCGCGAGCGAUGUCAGGACUGUAGGAAGUUCACGUACCUCGAGAUUUAGGUUAACCAACCCCCCGCAAUCCCGUAAAAUUGACUCGUAUAUUUUGAAGCUAGAUUAAGAUUGCAGAAAGUUACAAAUGCUGAUCUCGAAGGGGGAUGAAAUCCAGAAGCUUAGUGUUAUACAAAGUCUACCAAGUCUUUUAGUCAGUGAUACGCAAUCAUGUAUGUCUCGAGUGGUACCUAAAAUGCAGCAGACCCUGGCUACUGCAUCAACGGAAUUUCAUAUAGCAGCGUCGUCCACAUUCAAAACAAUUUUGGAGCAGAAGCUUGUCAGCCACAAUGUUUUCAGCCAGACAUUCCUUCAAAGUAUAUUACAUUCUGUGGAGAGUCGUGACACUGUUAUCUCUCGCGCAUGGUUGGAGACCUUACUGGAUGUGAUAGAGUUACUGCCGGUAGAAAUCAUAAGAGCACAGAUUCUUCCAUUGAGUAUAAAUAAAGGACAAUUGUCACAAUCUAUCUAUACCAGGAUAACAUGCAGCAGAUUAUUAGGGAAGAUUUGCACGAGAUUUGAUCCUAUUAUGAUACAGAAGGAAGUUCUACCAACAGUACACUCCCUCUGUCAGGAUGUUAGCAGUGAAGUACGAGCUAGUAUCUGCUUGCAGCUACGUUUUGUCGCGGAGGGCCUUGGCGCUGAAUCUGUAAAACCUGCUUUACUACCAUCUCUCGUAGAAUUAGCAAGCGAUGAAGAAAGCAAUGUAAGAUACGCCUCUAUACAGACAAUAGUGUAUUUACUACCUCAUCUUCAGGAAGAUAUAAUAAAAACUAUAAUAGCGCCACUUGUUAAAAAGCUGUGUGAGAUUGCAAGUAAAUCAGAAGAUAAUGUGAUAUGUAUGAUAGCUCAGGAGUAUGGGAAACUUGUACUUGGCCUAGAAAAGUGUUUAUCAAUGUCGGACAAAGUAUGGUUCUUGAAGUACUAUCAGCAACUUGCACAAGUGGGAAUAGCAUCAUCGAAGAAGGAAAAGACACACUUUACUUUUAUGAGCAGCAAUCCCACGGGAGAUGACAGAUAUGUGGAAUGCAGAAGGUAUUGCGCAUUUAAUUUGCCUGCUUUGUUUAUCUUCGUAUCGAAUUCACCGGAGGACGUAGAUUCGUUAAUUUCGACGCUCGAUUUAUUAACGAACGAUCAUUUCUACAUGGUUCGCAGGACCGUUGCAUGCGGGCUUCACGAAGUGGUGAAGAUCUUAGGACCGAAAAAUGCGCGGUUAAAGAGGAAUUUAAUAAAACUAUUGAAAGAUGAUUCUGAGGAAGUGCUUCAAGGCUUAACUCCUCACAUAAGAUUGACGCUGGAAUGUUUAAUCGAAAGUCAAGCCAUCGGGACGGAUAAAAUGGAUUCUAAUCUUAUGGAAAUAGGUAAAGCUUUACUGAAAUGUGAAGCCGAAAUUUUGGCCACGCACAAUUGGAGACUGGCAUCUUUAAUGCAUACGCAGCUCGAAAUCUUACCCAAAUGUUUCCCCAGUGAUUUUAUAUACACGUAUUUUGUGCCAGUGGUUUUCUCCAGAAUUUUGCACGCUAGGCCAAUACCGGUACGUCUCGCCGCGGGGGUACUGUUUCUUUUCUUUCUACGAUACAACACGAAGCCUAUACAAAGAGCUGAGCUGCGUAGCAGAAUCGUUGCGGAUUUAGCCAAUAAUCCUGACUGUUACGUGAGAAUGAUGUUUGUUCGCAUAAUGAUUGAAGCACUAGAGAUCUUUUCCUCCUCUUAUUUUAAGGAACAUUUUUUCAAUGUUUUGUUGAUUCUGGCUGAGGAUCCGAUAGCUAACAUAAGAAUGAAAGUGGUGUCUCUAUUGCCACAACUGAAAAGUCAGCUAUGGAUACCAACUGAUAAGAAACUGCUGACAUCGUUAGAAUCGGUUAUAAGACACUUGAAUAACAAUGAAAAAGAUAGAGAUGUGUUAUUUAUUUUGAAAAACGUCACACAGACGUUGGAAGAAACGGAUGUCAAAUAUGAAGGUCAAACUUUCGCGACAAAAUUUACUAUGCAAGACUUGGAAGACUCUAAAAAAUUGGAAGAAGAAAAGAAACUGUCAGGUAUAGGUACAGGAAAAUUAACGACUGGAACAAAUACUAAAAAAGGUGGUUGGUCAAAAACAAGUACUGAAGGUUCAAGCGUAGAACGGGGGAGAGGAAUGUCGCAAUCCAAAGGUGAGCAUUCGAUGGAGAUUAAUGAGACAUCGUAUGAAAUAAAGUCAUCAAUGAAAUAUGGAGUUGCAUCCUCGCGGCAGACAGUGGACAGCUUAAAGACAAGAACUCAACUAACACACCCCUGGGAAAGAAUGUCACAUUUCAACUCCAAUACUAAUACGUCGCACCUUAAAUUCGAGAACGGGGAAUCGUCUAACGAUUACGUCGCACAAAAGCCACAGUGCAGCUGCUCCAAGCUGGCGGUAUUCCAGGCUCUCCUGACGCUGCCGGAUGCUGCAUGCGAGCAAGAGUACAAAAGCGACGCUUCCCAAUGCCGGUCUUAUCACGAUAUCGACGAUAUCGACGAUCAUAUGAAGCUUCGGAAGCAGUCGCAGAUGCAAACGAGCGACCCUAAUUCUUCCGUUGUCGCCAAAUCUGUCCUCUCGUUCAUGAGGGAAAACAAGCAAGAGCCGCAGCAGAAUCCCCUACUAACACGGGGGGACUAUACGCGCGAAUUCCCUACUAAUACCGCCGGCAAAGACAGGGCGCCGAACUUCGCCGCUCUGCGAGCACUGACCAACGCGGCGCAUUAUAACUCCUGUUGGGCUUUUAGCUCCAUGCCGGAGAUACCCAUGAUGCAGUCUGACGACGAGUUCCUGGUGGACACCGGUAUCAGGAUACCCGCGCAGUUCUCCUCCUCCUCCUCGCAGAGCACGUCCAAGAUACCGCACCUACAGGACUUCAUCUCCGGACGGAGGCGAUCGAACAUUAUGGUCCGGCCGCGGGGCAGCAGCGUGAACUUCGACAGGGGCAAGUUCAAAAGGCAUUCAUCCGUCGAGUAUGAGGACUGCAUGAAGCGUAGAACGGGCGAAAGCGACGCGUCGUCGAGGAGCGGCACGCCGACGUCGAUAGAUUACGAGGACGGUCUGCAGCGCAACGUCGCGAAGGAGAAUCUGUCGGCCGAGCAGCACCUGUCGAAGUUCGACGCGAGAACCAAGCGGUAUUCCGCGCCGCACGGUAGAACCAGAUUCGGCUUCGAUGCCGGCCAAGAGAGGCCCAUCAUCGACGAGAAGCUGAAGCGCAGUUCCCUCAUACUCGAGAAGGACAAGCUGAAGAUCACCACCAACUCCACGACGAAGUGUACGCUGGACCGGACCAAGCGUCAUUCCACGAACUUCGGAAAUCUGAAGCUGCCGGACUCGAAGGAGACGACGAAACAGUGCGUGAAGCGGCACAGCCUGGAGGAUUACUCGACGGCCCGGCGGACCAUAAGAGGAUACUUCUCAACGUUGGACGUGAACCAUAAUCAGGGCCUCAGCAAGAUCCCCCUGAGAAGCGUCGGAUCUCGCAGCAGAACCGCGCCCGCCACACGAGCGUCCAGCCCCGUUCACCUGGAGUCUCGGCUAAGGUUUGACAUUGAGAACUGUGAUGACUCUCAGAGCUCCUCCGGUGAGAGGCGUUUAUAUAGAUUUAGCUCGAGCGACGAGGAGGUCGACAAAUUGUGUAAGAUGCUGUUACAUUCUCAAGCGACGCAGAGUAGCACAGGGGAAACACCAAGAAGCAGAGAGAGCUUUCCUAUUCGCUUAUUGGUGAAGAAAUUGUGAAAUGUGUAAUUCUCUCUUUCUCCCCCCCCCCUCCUCCCUCACUCCAUCUCUUUCUUUCUCAUAUACAUACACAUCAUUUCUACGCUCUUUCGCAACUGCAUUUAGUGAUCACACUAUUACAAUGAUUUUUAUAUAUACGGUCUCAGCUCUUGUUACAGGAACAUUGAAGAUUAACGAAAAAUAUUGCAGAUAGCUUCUUCUAGAAGUUUCUUUGCGAUUUACCACGCAAUCACGUUCGAUAACGACAGGCCAGUUAUUCGGGAAAUUAGACGCGCGAUUAAUUCUUCCUCUUUUCAGCAUUGCAAACAUUAUACGAGUGUCGAAGAGCAUAUAGUACCCUCAUAAUGCUCAAUAUUUACGUUACACCGAUGUCAUGUACAGGGUAUCCGGAAAUCUCUACAUCCGUGGUAUACAGGUAGAACGAAGUGAAACUGAAUUGAAAAUUUAUAUGCCAUUUUGCAAAAUUCGCAAUAGUUAACGAGGAAUUAAUCAAUCUGCAUGAGUUAAUGAGCGCAGGGAAGCGGUAAGCCGGAUUUCCCGGUUCAUUCAAGAUUAAUCAAUUGACUAUUACGAAUUAAUUAAUUAUUACGAAUACCACAAAACGAUACGGGAUUUUUUGGUUUACCUCAAUAUGUUCUGUACCCUCGAACUUGGGCUGUGUUGAUCAGGGACACCCUGUGUAUGCUCUAGAUAAGUAAAAGAAAAUUUUAUUUAUUUUUGAACUACGUAUAUAUCGCUAAUGUUGUUAUUCAUCAAAUCAAAAAUGUCUUGACAUAUCUUAACAUAGAACGCUAUCGGUACCGUUUAUCCGGGGGACGACGAAAGUUUUAGGAAAUCACUUCUUUCAGAAACGACAAAAUUGAAUUCGGGAAAAGACGUAACUUAAAAAUUGUUUUGAAGAUAUACCGACUUUAAUUGCACAUUGGCACUAAAGACAUUAAUUUUAUCCAAAACGACGUCUCUAUACGUGAAAAUUACUCACAUACAAGUUUUAGUAUUGUUUUUUUACAUUCACUAAAUAGGGUAUAUAUUUUUAUAAUUCACUGACAUGCGGUUUCGGCCAUUUCUCUGCAUCGUGCCUUUCCCCAUACAGAUCCGUCACAUUCUCUCUCAUUAUCGUGAGAUUUACAUGGCCAAAUAUUUUAUUCUCAUUUGGCGAUAGAUCUAGAAAUAUUAAGUCUCAAUAUUUUGCCUAAUAUUACCGUUAGUUCGAGGCUAGAUAUAACCAAUUAUACAUAGCUCUGUAGGAAGACUAAUUGGCGAUAAGGAGUACAUUUUACCGAGGACGGUUUCGUUUAAUGUAGUAUUAAUGUAGUAUUAAUCGCCUACGAGAUACAACGGCCCGACGUACUUACGCCAGUAAUAAGAUAAUUAUAUUGAUUUCGCGCUAAUUUAUUUUUUACCGUGUAUUUGCUGAGUCAAAUUGUAUCUUAUAGCGAAGGCAGACGUUUUUACGACUCGACGAAGUCUUUUUAUCGUGGCUUUAUAUUGCAGAAGAAGAAGAAGCACGCACGCUUGUUUGUCGAAAGACUGUGUUUUAGAUUCUGCGACUAUAAAAAUUGCAAAACGAGAAGAAAAGACGACGGUGAGGACACUUUAUCGACGAUGAAAACGUUUUAUUACUUUUAUUUAAAAAACUUAUUUAAGGAUAUCGGUCUCUAAAAGAAUAAGGCUAUAUAUUCUAAUCGUUAAUUAACAUUAACAUUAAAAAUGGUUGUUAUCGAGGAACUGAGUUAUUACUAGAGUUUAGGACAAAAUAGGACUAAAGAAAGGUAGAUUUACAAUACUCUAUAAUACCGAGCGCUAGAGUCUAGUCUGCAUAGAUAAUACAUAAUACAUACAUACGAGAAAUUUGGAAAAGCUAUGGUCACGAAACUUGAGAGAAAUACAAAUUUACCUGGACGCAAUUGCCGAUUGAAAAUUGUUGCGUUUAAAUCCCGAUCGAGGAUCGAAGAUAUAUGUGCUUUGCAUGUGUACGCCUCAUCCGUUGCUAUUAUUAAUAUUUGUUCCUCUCGGAAACCCACCGGCGAUAUACAAGUGUCUUUUGCCGCAAAACAAAAUGAUCUGAAGACAAAUUUUCCAUUCGACGUAUUAAAUCAUAUCAGUUGUUAGCAACAAAUAACGAGGGACAAGAAUCAGUUAAUGAAUGAAAGAACUCAUGGGAAAAAAUACGGUCGUCCCAGCAUAUAUUCGAUUAAAAUGCUUCGAAACUGAUGUAUCUCAAGUUGUGACUGUAUCUUCUGUGGUGUGUAUCAAUAGACACGGCAAUGUCUCGUGCCAACGUGCACGUUAUAAUUUACGCCGCCCAACUGAUCGAUGUGUAUAGACAUGUCUCGCUAAAAGUGAAUAUUUUUGAAGCGACACAGAGUAUGUCGUUCUUCCGCUAUUCGAAUUCGACGGUUUUUCGAGAUCCCUAUUUAACUGCAAAAGGCGAAGAAAUAAAAGAUUCACGUUAAUAAUAAGCACUUUCCGGGAUAAAAUUUUUAGUUGUUGCAAUUUCCUUUUCAUAGAAACGCUUCUAACGUGCAUUAAUUAGGAUUAGAAAUCACCUAUUUUCCUAAGGACACGAUCGAGAAUUUAAUCAUCGCCUCCCCGUCGAAGUAUUAUUUACGUCGUUUUCUUCUUUUCGUUAUGAGGUAUAUAAUUUUACAUUUUUCUUUUACAUAAUGAUACAAGAAUCCAUCGAGCAAUGAAUGAAUUACAAACCAAAAAGUAUGAAAAUCUAUGUACUUUGCAUUUUUUCACAAGUUUUAAAUUCUGACGUUUUUACCGGGCUUUCUUGUAAGAGGAGAUGCACACAUAUGAAUCUAAUAUCAUUCUCUGAAUUUACUUUGCUUCGUCUACUAUUGUUGCCAGUUUUAUUGACAUAAGUUAAGUUUAGUCAAAUAUAAAGCGAUCAACGAAACUACACACAAGAAAGAAUGUAAAAAUCUCUUGCUUCGUAAGGUACAUGUAGAUUAACUCGAUAUCGCGUAUCUUAAUAAGUCUUAAUUAGAGCUUUUUUUUAGAGAUAUAUAUAUAUAUAUAUACACAUAUGUAUGAACGAAAACGUGUAAAACAUUCUUAAGCCAAAGAAGGUUGUUAACAUAAUAAUGUACAAAGAUUCGAAGGCAUGUGCUUGUAUGUACAAGAUGUCUUAAAAAGGUAUAUACGUACGACAACUUUAUUAUCGGAGUCCUCUUUUGGCCACUGAAAAAUUUAUUCCGACAUUCAUUGUUGGCUCGUACACAUUGUUGACUCGUCUAAUAUCAAGAAUAUAUAUAAAUAUAUUGUAUGAGAACGCGUCUCUCAUCAUGGAUUUAUAAAUGAUAAAUAACUCUAUUUGCCCAUUAAAUUACAGAGGAAGUUUUUUUAGUAACAUUUAAGAUAUAACUUAAUUAUUGCGAGCUAUUUGAUAUCAUAAUAUCAUAAAAAACAAUCUCAAGUUUUGAUUUGUGGAUCCUUACAAAAAUUAUUCGACAGCACUUUGGAGAUCAUUGUCCAUUGAUUUCCAGAAUGAUCAUGGUUCCUGAGAGCCAGCCUUAAUUUAUUCUGCAAUAUUUUUUGCGGGAAGAGGAUUAUGAUAAUUGUUUGUUCCUUUUUUAAUACAUUUUGUGCGUACAUACAUUAUAUUACGUGAGCUUUACAGUGCAAGUGCCAUUGUAUUAAAAAAAAAAUUAACGCAUAAAAUAUCUUCAGGACGUAUCGCGAGGAAGCGAAAGAAAGAAUUUAAAAGUUUAAAUUGUGCGUAUCGUAGACGAUCAAGCGGUGAAUAGACCAUCUUGACGAUUAAGAUGCGUGAGAGGAAGAGAAGAAGAUAUAUCGGAGCGGGAGCCUCAGCUUGAUUCGGCGGGGGCGGAAGAGGCAAAAGGAAGGAAGUAAGCUCUUGAAAAUCAGCUCGAAAGUACAAGUAAUUUCGAGCAGUGGCUUAGUCGGUAGAACGAUCGUCGACUGGCAAACGAAGAGUCUCGGACUUGACUCCAACCUCGCGCUCCCGAUAUAUUUUCUCUCCGAUUCUCCCACGCUAUUUAUUAAUUAUGUUGGGAUGUGCACCAUUAUAGCGCGAUAAUCCGAAUUUAUAUAAAUCGUGACGAUCCGGUUUUCACGGCGACGUAAUUAUAAAAUGUGCAAUUUAAUUUUUACUACGUAAAAUUCUUUUCUCAUAAACCAUUCUCUCUCAUCGUUUCUCAUGUAUCUCGAGUAUCUAGGGACACCAAAACUAGCGUACGUAAAAACAAUUCACGACUAUUAACUUUGAUAUUACACAUGUAUUUAUAAACGAACAGACGAACAGUUUCUUUUUUCGAUAAAGGAUCGAUGAUAUUUUUUGUCUUGUGACUGAACAAACGGCUUGUAGCUGAGUUAAGUUUAGAUAAUAGAAAGUACAACGUAAUACCGGCGAUUAUAUAGUAAACACCAAUAUAAUGACAUGUGGCAUAUAUUCCCUCGCUUAAUAUAUGAAAAUGUUUUUAUUUUA